AUGGGGACGUUUUUGGUAGCGGAAGAGCAGUUGCCGGCGGAGUGGGAAGUGACGAUGUCGCGCUCCAAGAACAUGCCGUAUUACUACAACACGCAGACCAAGAAGGUUUACUGGGUGGACGACGAGCUGCCGCGUGGCUGGUCGCACCAGUUUGAUCGUGACGGCCAUCGUUUCUACUUCCACGUCAAAGACAAGAACGCCACCAUCUCGUACGACAGACCCGUGCUGCGUCAGGCGUCAAGUCCCUCACCACCACCUCCCGCAAUAAAAAGUGAUAUUGCGUCUCCGGAGCCAAUUCCCGUCCCGGCCCCGUCCUACGAUGACACCGAAUCUCCCAGUGCGCCAUCACCUGGUGGCCUUGGACGUUCAGACUCAGGCGAGCCGCCGCGGCUCGUAAGAAAGAAAUCUAACUCGUUAAUGGACUUAUUGAGUCCUGGUCCUCCGGCGUUAGGCGCAGAGCAGACACGAGAGGAGUCUCCCCGCGCACCGAUGGCUCAAGCACCGAGGACGAUGAAGAUUUCCAACUUGGUAUCGAGUCCUGAGAGACCGCAGCAGAGUGAAGGGAGGGGGAAUUAUAAUGGCAACAAGAGGUCGCUUGACGCCAUGUCUAGAGGCCACGACGACGACAAGGACAAAGACCCGGACGCUGCUGCGGCCUUCUACAAUCAACUGCAACGACGUGCGCAGAGUGACAGGGCGGACAGUUUGCUGUUCCACAUGCGCGCGCUGAACAACUGGGUGAAGUCAGUCCUGAUCAACGAAUACUCGCGACGAGAGGGAGACUGCGUGCUGGACUUGGCGUGUGGUAAAGGUGGAGACUUGAUGAAGUGGACCAAGAGGAAUCUGGCCCAAUAUGUUGGUGUGGACAUCGCCCAAAAGUCGCUGGAAGACGCGGUGGAGAGAUACACUUCGUUCUCGCGCAAUGGGCGGGAUCGGGACAGGAAGAAGACCGAAGUGCAGUUUAUUCAGGGCGAUUUGGGUGUUGUAGAUUUGCUGCGAGACGAGAUGCACUGUUGGAGUGAGCACGAAGGCUGGCAUGAUGCGGUGCCGCUUCCGACUACUGCAAUGGGCAACUUUAACGUCGUGUCGGUGCAGUUUUCGUUUCACUAUAUGUUUGGUGACGCCCAACGCGCAAAUCGGUUCUUCUCCACGGUGCACGAGCUACUCGCAGAUGGAGGCGUCUUAAUCGCGACGACGGUAGACCCGAACAAGCUGUUGAUGAAGUAUUUCCAGGGAUUGCGACCACCCGAACAGGAGAAGGAGGACCAGGAGGCUAACAAGCCAGACGUGAGCAUUCUGGACGAGAAGAAGCGGGAGGUGUGCUGUAUCCACUUUGACGCAGCCACACGAACGCAGUUGUCGGGUCCCGAUGCCGCUGCGGAAGGAUCUUUCGGCCUGCGGUAUAACUUCACUCUGCGCGAUCGCGUGGAGGAUGACGCUGACGGCGGCGGUGGCCAGGCCGUCGACCUCCCUGAGUACUUGGUGCCGGACGAUUUGUUGGCCAAGCUCCUGCGCGAGCACGGCUUUGAGCUGCUGCUCAAGCAGAACUUCCACCGCUUCAUCCAGCAGCGCAAGGACCAGGAUCGCAACCGCACGCUGCUGGAGAAGAUGCACGUGACCAAUAUCCGUGGAUCCAUUUCGGACGCCGAGUGGGAAAUUGCGGGGCUCUACCAGGUUCUCGCUUUCAAAAAGUCUUACUGA